AUGCACCGGGCGGCUGGCCGCACGGACGGCUGGCUGCUCGCUCGGCGGCGCGGGCUGGACCGGGACGAGGCCCUUGACGCGCCCCCAAAACCCCCGCCCGGCCCGAGGAGGCAAAGAACGCUGACCCCGGGCGGGGUGUCGAGCACCUCGGGACGCGAGCCACCACGGCUGCGAAGCGCUGGGGCGCACCCUGGCCGCAAGCCCCGGGAUGCCUCGGGGCCCCCAGCUCCCAGGAAGCGGAGAGAAGGGAUCCCGAGAAGCAGCGAGGGGCGCGGGUCUUUCCGCGAGGACCGGCUGGAGGAGCAGGUUGCAGCUGCGCUGUUUGCAGCCUCUUGGAACUCUGGGACCCUGAUGGUGGUGACAGACAGUGCUAUGAGCCUUACCUCUGAGGAGACCACGUACCUUCAAGUGACAGAAGUGCUCCACAAACUAAAGCUACAGAGUAGAGGGAUAUUGAGAGAAGAGAAGCAGCCAGCCUCGGCCCACUCCACCCCAAGCAGCAGCCCCCACUCUUCCCCUAAGCACAAGUCCAGAGGCUGGUUCACUUCUGGUCCUUCCACAGCCUUACCUGGCCCAAAUCCUGGCACCAUGGAUUCUGCAAGUGGGGACAAGGACAAAAACUUGGUGGAUAAAUGCAGCCUUUUUGGACCAAGAUCCCUCCAGAAGUCUGAUUCAGGAGGUUUUGCCAUCCAGACUUACAGAGGAGCCCAGAAGCCUUCUCCAAUGGAACUGAUCCAUGUCCAGGCCAUCCAAAUGGCCAAAGAUCCAGCAACCUUCAAGCCACCCAAGAUGGACAUCCUAUUGAUGGAAGGGAAGAAACCACUGCCACGGACCCAUAAUCUCAAACCCUGUGACUUAAAUGUGCUCACACCCACUGUCUUCUAG